CUGCAAUCAGGACUAUCAGAGAAGCAACAGUAUUGCUACGGCAGGAACAGAGCUUACAGAGAGAUCUUGAGGUAACAUGCCAAAGCAAUAUGCUUUUAUACUCCAUCUUAUCAUUGGCUGUACUGUCAUACUCACAGAAGCUACACCAUCCUUCCGAUCAGGUAAGAAGAAUAUCUGGUUGGUUCCGAAAUGCAAAACAUUUCUGUCUCCUCCUCCUCCUCCUCCUCCUCCGUUUCCUCCAUCGACACGGACAUCUGCCCUACUGGUUGAUAUAACGGAAUAUCUCAGGGGACCAAAGGGUGAAAAGGGUUGCAAAGGACCAAAGGGUCAGAUGGGUCGACGCGGUCAAAAGGGAGAAGAGGGAACCCAUGGUUCCCCUGGUGUGAUAGGACUCAUAGGCCAAAAGGGAGAGAAGGGGGACAGAGGCUGGCGUGGUUUAUUCGGUGACAUUGGCAGACCUGGAACACAUGAGGGUCCUCAAGGACGCACUGGUUCAAAAGGUGAGAAGGGACUGAAAGGUGACCCGGGACAAAAAGGUGGAAAGGGUUCCACUGGAAAGCCUGGUCUCCAUGGACAGAAGGGUGACCGAGGACUAAAAGCAUACACUGGAUUACGAGGACUGGAUGGACCUAGGGGAAGUCCCGGGCAUAGAGGGACAAUGGGAAUAAAAGGUCAUCGUGGACCGCAUGGGUUAACUGGAUAUCAUGGAGUUGUGGGCAAACAGGGCACAACAGGAAAAACUGGUGCUCCAGGGGAAGUAUAUGUUAUUCAAGGACACAGAGGGGAGAAAGGCCAUAAAGGACCUUCUGCCCUUUGUAAUUGUUCUUCAGCAAAUUCCUUCAAGCCAAUCCCUGGCACAGGAAGACAUAAUGCUGAUAAGGCAGUAUCUAUUUACAUUGUGAAUGGUGAGAGCGAGAUGUCGGAGUUAAGAUCUGAAAAUGUUAUGGUCCUGAGGAGAGAUACUCGCAUGCUGUUCGUCUACAGUGGCUCUGAAUGGAUUGAUGUUAUGGCUCAGAACAAACAUCCCACUGCAUCUGCUCUGUGACUACCCUCCUGCAAGAAGCACCCCCAUGUAGUAUGUGGUUCUGUCCUUGAGCUGUUGUCUGUUGUCAUGUCCUGUAAUAUGCCAUGUUUCAUGUUUUGUGUGUUUUGACCCCAGGAAGAGUAGCUGCUGCUUUUGCAAUGGGGAUCCCAAUAAAACACCAAACAAUUCUCAAAACAAAUGAAGAAGCCCCUACCGUCCAUUUAAAAUUAAAAUGCCAUUUGGCAUGUCUGUCACUAUAGGCUACUGUGUAAUAAAAUUAAAUAAAAUUCACAUCCUAAUUUCUAUUAUGUCUGUCUGACUCAGUGCACUGAAUGUCCACACUAUGUAAUAU